AUCAAAGGAGGCUAUUUCAAAUGAAUUAACAAAGGGAACAAUUGAGCCCAUUAGGAUAGUAAAGUUUUUUUUUUAAAAAAAAAUGUUUGAAAAGUGAAUUAUGUAAUAUGCAAAUUUUAGAGAACUUCACUGAUGAAAUUAACUUGCACUCUUGAUGAGGGCACAAAAUCUAAACAUUGCUGAACAAUAUUCAAAGGGUGCUUGUCGCAGCUGGAUUGUUAGUAUUUGAGAAUGCUGAGUAAAUCUGUCACUUGUCUCUCACUUGGUAGUUGACAUGCGAAUCUGUGAAGAGUAUUUCUUGGGGAAAGUUUUCAUAAUGACUCCCGGGGUCCAAAAACAUUCCUCGGGAAAUUCAGAAAAGUCGCUGUGAAGUUGUUAAACUCAGCCCACAUUUUUCAUGGCUUUGGGGUUUUUUUGUGUUUUUUUUUAAAGGAAUGUUCACACAUGUUAUGAGUUGCAUGUAAACUGACAUGAUGAAGAUUUCCUGAAAUAGAUCAGGAGACAGGCUCCUGUAGUUAUGUGGACUUUUAACAAUCUCUUGUAUAAUGUUGAAUUUGGUUUUAUCUGUUAUUAUCGUGUGACUAUUUGAAAUUUGGCUAUUUAGAGAUACACACCAUUAUUUGUGCAUUACAUAUUUUUGACUUUAUUCUGCAGUGGCUCAGUUCUAGGAUUGGGGGGGGGAGAGAGAGUAUAUGCUAUUACAGGCAGAAAAAACAUAAUGCAAGGAUCUAUUUUGCUGCAAAAAGUUUGUGGGUACUUAGGCAGAUUCCCUAUAUGAUUGUGUAUCCUUUUUUCUUUUUUUUAAGUAGAAGAAAAAACAUUGCAAAGUGGCGCUCAGUUUCCUUUCACCUGAUAUCAAAACAGUCGUUUAAGCAGUUUUGUUAUUUGUUCUUUUGAAGCCACACUGUAGUCAAAGUUGGGGAUGAUAACUGGGUAUUGUGUGAGCGAACUGUUAGACAUACUGUACUUGAUAUUUUUCUCCCCUCUUGUGACCGAGGAAAUAGCUCGCACUGAAUGAAUCCAGCUCUUUAUGCUUUUCGUUUGUGUGCAGACUGUUAAAUGUUACCAUGUCUGUGAAAGCAGUCCACAGUUGGUACCUGCCGGUAGUUCCAUCAGAUGGUGAUGGAGCUUUUGGAACAGGUCUUUGAAAUCUCAUGGGUUCUUGCAGCAGCCAGAAUGUGCAGAAAGCAGGAAAGAGGAGAAAGGUAGUGCUACAAAACAUUCUAGAAACAGAAAAUGAAUAUGCUAAGGAGCUACAGACCAUGCUUUCUAGCUACCUACGACCCUUACAAGCUAGUGAAAAGUUAAACUCUACAGAUACUUCAUAUUUAAUGGGAAACCUAGAAGAAAUCAGUUCUUUCCAGCAAAUGCUUGUACAGUCUUUAGAAGAAUGCACCAAGUUGCCUGAAACUCAGCAGCGGGUUGGUGGUUGCUUCCUAAAUCUGAUGCCACAAAUGAAAAAUUUAUACCUUGCGUACUGUGCCAACCACCCGUCGGCAGUAACCGUCCUCACAGAACACAGUGAAGAGCUGGGAGAAUUCAUGGAGAUGAAAGGAGCCAACAGCCCUGGGAUUCUUGUAUUGACCACAGGCCUGAGCAAACCUUUUAUGCGCCUGGAUAAAUAUCCCACGUUGCUCAAAGAGCUUGAAAGACACAUGGAGGAUUAUCAUCAAGACCGGCCUGACAUUCAGAAAUCCAUGACAGCUUUCAAAAAUCUUUCUGCACAGUGUCAAGAAGUACGGAAAAGAAAGGAGCUUGAACUCCAAAUACUAACGGAAGCUAUCCGCUGCUGGGAAGGAGAGGACAUUAAAACACUUGGAAAUGUUAUUUACAUGUCACAAGUCAUGAUUCAGUGUGCUGGAAGUGAGGAAAAGAACGAAAGAUACCUUCUUCUCUUUCCUAACAUAUUGCUCAUGUUGUCCGCCAGUCCUAGAAUGAGUGGAUUUAUCUAUCAGGGGAAAUUGCCGCUAACAGGCAUGGCAAUUGCAAAGCUAGAAGAAAGUGAAAAUCACAGAAAUGCAUUUGAAAUAUCAGGAAAUAUGAUUGAACGGAUAUUGGUAUCUUGUAACAACCAACAAGAUUUGCAUGAAUGGGUAGAUCAUCUGCAGAAGCAAACCAAAGUGACUACUCUUGGGAUGCCUGCUAUUAAACCUCAUUCGGUGCCAUCUCACACGCUUCCUUCUCAUCCUGUAACACCAUCCAGCAAGCAUGCAGACAGCAAGCAAAUGCCCCUGACUCCAGUAUACCACACUCUUCCACAUCCUUCACAUCAUGGGACGCCUCAUACCACUAUAAACUGGGGACCCCUGGAGCCUCCCAAGACUCCUAAGCCAUGGAGUUUGAGCUGCUUGAGGCCAGCACCUCCAUUACGGCCUUCAGCAGCACUCUGUUACAAAGAGGAUCUCAGCAAAAGUCCCAAAACCAUGAAAAAACUACUGCCCAAGCGAAAACCUGAACGGAAACCAUCAGAAGAAGAGUUUUCACUGAGAAAAAGUACUGCUGCAUUAGAGGAAGACGCUCAGAUUCUAAAAGUCAUUGAAGCUUACUGCACAAGUGCCAAAACGCGCCAAACAUUAAAUUCAACAUGGCAAGGCACUGACCUGAUGCAUAAUCACGUCUUGGCUGAUGAUGACCAAUCAAGUCUAGACUCCUUGGGUCGUCGCAGUAGCCUUUCUCGUUUGGAGCCUUCCGACCUCUCUGAAGACUCUGACUAUGACAGUAUAUGGACAGCCCAUAGUUACAGAAUGGGGUCUACAUCUCGCUCCCGUAAAGAACCUGCUCCCCAAGUACUGCUUCCAGAGGAGGAGAAAAUUAUUGUAGAAGAAACAAAAAGUAAUGGUCAGACUGUGAUAGAAGAAAAAAGCCUUGUUGACACAGUAUAUGCAUUAAAGGAUGAAGUUCAGGAAUUAAGACAGGAUAACAAAAAGAUGAAGAAAUCUCUGGAAGAAGAACAAAGAGCUCGCAAGGAGUUGGAAAAACUUGUUCGGAAAGUUCUAAAGAGUAUGAAUGAUCCAUCUUGGGAUGAAACCAAUUUAUAACAAACUUACUGUUGUUCUUUUCUUUCUAUUGAAAGACCAGUUGUCAAAUCAAGCUGGGAAGUCUUCUGACAUUUAGUCAGUGUUGCAUAACAAGCACUACAAAGUAGGACUUAACUGGAUCAAAUGAUUUUUAUUUCUUACAAUGUAUAAUAAUAAUGAUAACAACAACAACAAUCCAUUCACUUAAGCUGUCUGUACUUAAGUGUAGAUAGCAUGGACCCUGAACUGAACUAGAAUUAACUUGUGUGCAUUUAAAUUACCUCAUUUUUGCAGCAAGUGCGACAGCUGGCUAAGCAGUUCAUGAUGCCACCCCACCCCAAAUAAAUACUUUGUAAAUAUUAUCUGUAAUUUUGAAUGCAUAUGUGAUCAAUGUUAUCAGGACUGAUAUAGUGUUAUAGUUUCUUCCUGUAAUGAUUGCAGCAGACAGACAUGGCAGUGCCUGAUGCUCUUCUAAAAUUUACUGAAAAUUCUGCUCCAAGAUGGAUUGUUUUAAAUUGUUCUAGACAUAGUAGAUGUUAGUUGCAAAAUGUUUUUUUUUGUAAUUUCCCAACCUAUUUCCCAGUAUUCACCAGCCUGUUUUUUAAUAACUUAAUUAAAUUUAUUUAUGUCUGUUUAAAGCUUCAAACACAAUUUUAACAUGCUUUUUAAAAACACCAAGCUGUCAAUGCAGACAACUGGCACCAUUUUGUAUUCAAGCUAGCAUCUUAAAGAUCCAAGACAGACAGUUAAGUUUCUUUUGGCAUGCCAAUAUGCAGAAUUACUAGUUAAAGGUGGAUGUACUUGCUCUUGUUUUUUUUAAUGGUUAUUAGAUGAUUUGUGUAGUACGUUGUUUUUUUUUAUGGUUGUGCAUAUACUUUAACAUACAGCUGGCUAGUAUUUUAAUUGAACACUCAAGCACUGCUGUAAAAAAAAAAAAAGUCCCAAUCAAGUGUGUGUAGGGUUUUUUGUUUUUGUUUUGGGAUGAAAAAAAAAACGUAUUAUUUAUUUUUAUCAUGAUCGUUGCAAGUUUAGGUUAAUGUAUGCAUGUCAAGCAUUUGCAAAACUCAAACCUCAGAACUGGCAUUUGAUCUUCCACUACUGGGCAGAAAUCACCCCCUCCAUCCUGUAAGAUCAAAUGCAAUUAUAGUCCACAUAACCUCAAUUCCCUCUAUACAAAUAAUAAAUAAAAAAGAAAGGAAUGAGGAAAAAAAAACCCAGUGCUUUUUGAAAAUAAGUCUCUCUAGUUUUCUCUGUCCAUAUAAAAAGGCUGUUACGGUGAAACGCGGCACUGUGACAUUUUGGGUUGCAGCCUGGGACUCUGCAAUGUGUUGGUAAUCAGGAACUCUACGGCGUGCAGUUUUGGCAGUACCGGUAUAUACUUUCAAAUUACCAUUGUGAUCAUGUACCAUGUCAGUGCGUCAGACUGAAGGUUGCGUAACAUUUCUUGAAGACAAAGGAACUAAGGGAUUUGGCUCCUGAAGUCAGUGAAUCAGUUCAAAUCCCGGUGGUGUUAAAUAUCAGUCUUACUGCUGAGCCUAGGCAGGAUCCUGCAGCAGAACGCACUCUUGUUCUGAGCCCUCUUCCCCUGCCUUAUUGUGUAGUAAAAGUUUCGCCUGACUCUUAAUGACAUCACAUAUGUUACUUUGCCUGCCCCUUAGCUGGUGAUUUGGAGUAGGGGGGAACACUUGUGAUGAGAUCAGAAUUCAGGAUUGCUUUUACUGCAUGUUACAGGAGGAGAGAACCUAACAUAGGGGAGCCGUCUAAGGAGGUAGCUCUUGUGUUUAUUGUAAUGUCUCCCCUAAAAGAUGACACGUCUCUGAUACUGUAUGCUGUAUGGUUGAUUCUUGCAUCAAACAGGCAAUCCACAUUCCCCACCUACGAAGCAAUAAGACUCAGCUGUUUAUUGUUUCUCGCUGCCAGCAACCAGAAAUGGGCAGCUAUACUUCCGUUGAAAAUAAAUGUUUAUUGUGAUGAUAAAGGGCUUAUGUGGCUGUUUAUUUUAUGAACUGGCUUCAUACAUGCGUAAUUUUAGGAGUGGGAGUAAAUUUCAUGGGGCUAAAUAUCUAAAUACUUAAGUGGUGUUGUGAAUUUGGAAAUAGGAACUACCGUAAUCCCAAUCCUGGGACUAACCCUGUUUGGCAUUGCAUUACCUCACAGUAUAUGUUAGUGCAAAUGUGCAGGAGCUUAAAGGACAGUCCCUUGCCUUGAAGAGCUUACAAUCAAAACUUUCAACAGGUUUCCCCAGGCUUACCUUUUGACACUUUUGAGAUAUGGUGCAUUAUUUUUAUUUAUGAUUUUUUCCAUAUCUUUUUGCAAGGAAAAGUGACUUUCAAGGAAUUGAAAUAUAAAAAUGCUCCCCAAAUAAACAA